ACCAUUUGCUAUUGCUAGCUCACACACACGUUUGGCAUGGCAUGCAGGGAGAAUGCAUUGCAUUGAUGCAGCAUGCAUGACCACCACUGCUAAAUGCUACUGGUGACUUGAAAACCAACCACUCUUCUUCGUCUCCUCGUCUUCGUCUUCCCACAACUUAACCCAGAAGCACAGCAAGAAAGUGAAACCAAUCCAUAUCAACAGGACAGUCUGAUUGGCGCAGGAGCAGGAAGUACGAGCUCGGCAUGGCGCAAGAGGAAACCGUGCCGAUGCCGGCCGCCGUGGUCUUGUCAUGUGAUAUGCUGCCGGAGAGCCCGAGGAAGGCGAAGGCCCCUGCGCGCCAGCUCUCCGUGCCGCCGCCGCCGGGCUGGCCAUCGGUGACGCCGGCGGCGAGGAGCUUCUCGAGGGCCCGCGCCGUCCAGCCGGAGGACGACCCGUUCGUCGCCGCGUACCUGGCGUGCACCAGGAGGAACGGCGGGAAGGACGGCUCGCGUGAGCACAAGCAGGGCCGGAGGCGGUUCGCCUGGGCCGGGCUUGGGCUUUCCUGCAAGGGCUCCGCCGGAGCUGCGGAGCAUAGCAUGGUGAAGCUGGCUAAACGGCCGGAGUUGGAUCCUAGAGAUGCUUAAUCGGUCACUUCAACUUCUCUUCCCAUCUCUUGUUCGUUUUCCAAUGUUUCUUUCUCUUUUUAAUCUGUUAGUUUAAGGUCGUUAUGUGCGAAACUUGGUGAUUAGAAUUACGGAGGUAGACACAUGUGUGUGCGUUUUAUGUUUUGGUGAGGGAAGUAUCAUUUGUGAAAGAGAUUUGCAGUCCCAUCUUCCUCUUAAUUAGUUUCAGGUUAUGAAAGUUGAAUGUUUCUUUGUC